AUGCAUCCAUUAGAUCUAAUCAAGACACGAUUACAAGUCGCUCAACAUGACAGAGGGAUGAUGGAUUGCGUUCGAAAAACCUUCAAAAAUGAGGGGUUUCUGGGAUUUUACAAGGGGAUCCUGCCACCGAUACUUGCCGAGACACCGAAACGUGCCACAAAGUUCUUCACCUUUGAGCAGUAUAAGAAGAUAUUCAGUCAUCCUGACGUUUCACCGGCAAUCUCAUUGUCAAUGGCGGGAUUGUUCUGUGGUUUUACAGAGGCGGUCGUCAUAUGUCCAUUUGAAGUUGUCAAAGUAAGACUGCAAGCAGAACGAGGAGUAUCACUGAUGCAGCAGAAAUCAACUGCAGCCAUGGCUCGCGAUAUCAUAAAGACAGACGGAAUGGGACUAAAUGGACUUUACAGAGGGUUCAGUGCAACUCUUGGUCGUCAUGGUGUUUGGAAUAUGGUCUACUUUGGUCUAUAUCAUAAUCUGAAAACCAUGAUCCCGAAUGCAAAGGAGUCACCUUCUCAAAAUCUACUCGGACGAAUUGCACUAGGAUUCGCUGCCGGUUCGUUAGCAUCCAUAGUGAACAUUCCAUUUGAUGUGGCAAAAUCACGGAUCCAAGGACCUCAACCAGAUCCUUCUAUAAGGAAGUACAAAGGGACCAUACAAACGUUCGAGCUUGUCUACAAGGAAGAAGGCCUCGGAGCGCUUUACAAGGGUCUUCUGCCAAAAGUGAUGCGUCUUGGACCAGGUGGUGCCAUCAUGCUAAUAGUGUACGAAUACGCAUACGACUGGCUCACGAUUCACACAUAA